AUGAAUUUAACGACGACCGAUGCGGAUCGCUCAUUCAUUUCAAUCCAACAAUCUGCCCAGCCAAUUUUCUCAUUGGCAGACCCAAGGAUGGGUAGUUUGCAUUUGAAUAACGACGGUGACAACAGAGGUAUCUAUAUGUUAUUGUUAGAGUCAAACAUUCACAGGUUGAUUAUUUUAAUUAAAUAUAGUGUUAUAUUAAUUAAAUAAAUAAGUUCAAUAAAACUAAAUACUAUACUUAUUUACACAUAAUUUACUUCAAUUUAUAUCAAUACGAAAUUCUAUUUGAAACAGAAACGUUUCAUCCGAAGUAAAAGAUAAUAUAAUUUUUUUAUGACACUAUGAAUAAUACGUUAAAACAUGUCUAUUAUCAAUAUAUUUUAGUACUAAAACUAGUAUAUUAAGAUAUUAUAAUUAAUCUAUUAAUUAUAAUAUAUAAAUAUAUUAUUUUUAAUGUAUAUAUUAUUUAUUUAUUAGUUCAGUCCAUUUUCACUUUUUUUUUUUUUAUAUAUAUACUUGUUAGUAUUCGACAAUAUGUGGAGUGAGUAUUAUAUCCUAAAUUGAAAAUACGAUUAAUAUUAUAUAAAAGCUAUUUUUUAUAACUUUAUAGUUUAAAUUCAAUUAAAAUGCAUACAGUGUGUAUACAAACAUAAAAUUUACAUUUUACAGUUUAUCAAUUAUCUGCAGUCUGAUUUAUUCGUUGAAAAAAAUACACAAAUAUACAAUACUAUAUACUAUGUAUACUGUAACUGUACUCGGUAAGGCGGUAAUUAAUAAUAACGAAUAUAAAAAAAAAAAAAAUCAAACUCAACUCGAUGUAAUAAAAAUAUAAGAAAGAAAAGGGCCGCCGACUGUUUGUGAACACAGUGAGGCUAAUCUGCGUUACUCAUUGUUAAACAAGAGUAAUGCAGACGGCAGAAGAAACUUUAAAUAGCGACGGAAGAUUGGAAUAAAUGAGUGUUGGGGCCCACGGUGUAUUCCCCUGGAGCUUAAAAACCCCCUUCGGCGGCGGCGGCGGCGGCGGUGGCCGUGCACAGUUAUAUAAUAUGGGACGGGGGAAGAGGAAUAAAUCUGUUGCUAAAUGGGAAUACUACCCGUCCUGCAGGCGCAUCGUGGUAUCGCGCCCCUCGCUCGCCGAAGUCAAGACCUUAGCGCGCGCGUCAGAGACAGGAGGAAAAAAAAAAAUACCAUUUCCCUCUGAAUAUAGUUUUGCAAUUUGUCUGAUUUCAUUAGCAUUUCUAUAACAGAAUACUGUAACGCUGCAGCGCGCGGACGAGGGUGACGAAAAAAAAAAUCCCCCUACCUCGUCAUCGUCGUUGCGCAGCGCCACCGUACUUACCCAAUUUCCGUAUAUUUAUUCAAUCAGACACACGACCAACAAUUCCGGCCACUUAUAAUAUAAGAGUUUUAUUCUGUUUAGUUUUUUUUUUUUUUUUUUUAACACAGGUAUAUACAAACAAUUUACUUUUUUCUAAAGAUUAUAUUUUUUUUUUUUAUACCGUAAUGGGCACAUCAUUCUUUAUAAUAUUACUGUACGUAACUCUUUCUUUACCUAUAUAUAACAAUACAUUUGAAUGACACUCCUUGAUUAUCGAAAAAACGUCGGUAAUCCAUAUUGACACCCCAUCGAUUCUGCAUCAAUCGUAUUUUUGGAAAAAAAAAUAUAUCACGAUUUAAUUUAUCAAAUAAAUGUAUUUGACAUUUGUUACAAUGUCUGUUUUUUUUGUUUUUCUUUUUUUUAACUGACGUUUAAAAACUACAUCACGCUCCGCGCAAUGAACAUCAAAUUAAAGAAAAUACAAUUUUUUUAAAUUUUUAAAUUUAUCAUUAUUUUUUUGUAAACGUUUUUAUACGAACAUAAAAAUACACGAUUUAUCUAUUAAAUAUAAGACAAAAAAUGUUACAUGUUUAUCACAUUUCCAAAAUAUUUUGCCUUUACUAGAUCGUUGUGCCAGGAGAAUUGAGAUAGGUUCUACAGUAUUUUGAGACUCUUAUAUUAUUAUGCACAGUUCUGGAGUCCAAUGGAUCGUCGAAUCUCUGUAACCUAACCUAUAACCUAACCUAACUGCAGUGAAAAACUCGAGGUUAUUUUUCGACAUUUGUCACGAAUACUUCAAAUUCCAACGCUAACGCUUCCUCGCUUAAAAGUUUCGUUUUUAUUGAUUGGUAAACGGAGGCCAAUAUUCACAUUUUGUCUUGUAUGAAAUUGUAAAGAGUCAAGUUAAUGUUCUCGUUCUUUGUUUCCCCGAGUGCUUAAGCACUUAUUAUUUUAAAUUCAAUGUAAUAAACUCCAAGUACGUUUUUUUUUUUUUUUAUUUGUCUGUUAAUAUGGUUUUGAUCAAAAAUCUGCUACAAUCGAAAAUCACAUCAAGAGAGGAUUCUGAAAGCAUUUUUGAUUUAGUUGAUUAAUUUUUUUAGAAUUCUUCGUGAUUACAAGUUUUUUUUAAAAUUUAUAUGGAAAUAUACUGACAACCAAACCAUACACCAGUGUUGUGUAAAAACUAUCUCAAGUUUUAACACGUUAAGUGCUGAGGGUUUUUCGACAUACUUUAUUUUGAAUUACUUUUAUUAUAAGAUCCAAUAUUGAAUCUCUUCAAAAAUUUAAACAAAAGUGAGUAGGUAGUGAGAACCUUGUUUGAGUCUGAUUUCAGAUUUUUCAUAAUUGGGUAACAUUUAUUGGUCUUUUUCGUCGAAUUCAAAUAAUACUGUGUUACCAUUUUUUUUUUUUAUAUUCGUAUCAAUGGAAUAAAUUAUUUACUUUUUUGGUAUAAAUUUUUGAACACUCUAAAACAUUUGUGCCAUUUUUGUCCAAAAUUAAUAUAAGUAACCCGUGUUAAAAACCCCAUAGCACUUUACUUAGAGGUAAGUGAGAUCAAAAUUCUGGGUUCAUGGCAACGUGUUCAAUCGUCUCUAUCAAAACCAUCCUCUAUUGUUAUUCCCUGAGUGAAUUUUUGUUUAAAUCGUCUUUAACACUGUUUUCUCUGAAACGCGCAGUCUAGGGUUUUUUCCAAUUUAUCUUCCCUACCGAGGAAUCCUUUAAAAAGCUAUUAGACCUCCAAGCAUAGCCUGUCCACUCGAAUCGUUGGCUCAUAAAAUGUAAGCAUUAAUACCGGGUUUUCGGAUCUUCUUCUGAAUACACUCCGCAUUUUAUAAAAACAUGUUUUCUUACAUAACCUUCUUUCGAAACGAGACAUUUCUUUUGCUCUACACUUACAAAUAUUGUUAUUCGGUGGAACAUUAUAUUAUUGUUCAGGGUUUUUGGCGCUCGCGAUAUCGGACAGUGCGGCGGGUAAAAAAAUGACUUUUAAAGUUGUGCGCGCUCGCUCGGUGUGUAUAAGCGACGGUUCAUUCGGUGCCCGGGAUGGUCCGCCAGAUGUGCCCGCAAAACAGCUCUUCCUCCCCCCGCGAAGCCGGCGUUAAGCCCCGGCUGGUUUUCCGGACGCGCACGCCCCCAUGGGGAUAAUCAAUCGACGCGCUCGUCCGUCCGUCCGUUCGCUGCGGUAGCCGUCGGAAUAUUAUUAUAUAUACCUACACGCGCUGGUUGCUCUGCGCACAGCUCAAAUAAGCCGAAUUUAAUGAUUCCCCGUGUCCGUGCUGCGCCCACUUCAUAAUAGUAUUAUAAAAUAUUUUAUUAUAAACCGUAUAACGUAUAUGAAUUGUGCUAUAACAAUAUAACAAUGUCAAAAGUAACUAUCCGUGGACCAAUAAUACGUAUACCUAUUCAAUGUUAUUUGCACAUUUUUACAGUUAAGAUUUUUUUUUACAAGUAUUGUAACAAAUUAUGGACAUUAAAUCAAUGUAAUAAGUUGCAGAUUCCAACAGUCAAAGUUUGCUUUUAAAAGAAAAUGAACCUCUAUUUACUUACAGGAAUAUAUUAUUAGGCAUACAAUUUAGAAUGACCUACUAAGGGUUUGUUUGGAGAUUAGCACUUGAUGGGCGUGAAUUGUGGACAACAAGGAAGGCUAAAAAUAAACUAUUCGCAUUUUAGGCAUAGACAUAAUACUUAAAAUAAUAUUGGUAGAUCAUAUGCCAAAUGAAAAAAUCUAAUAAAAGAAGUAUCAUUAAAACCCUGAAGAUUAGCAGAACUUAACUAUUUGGACAUGCACUUCGUCACAAUAAUCUUUACUAGGAAAUUUUUCUUAAAUAGGGAAAAUAGUCGUGGAAGGCUACCACUUGAAUAAUAUGCAACUUGAAUGUAUUUAAAGUAGUUAAUGGUAUAGGUUGCGAGACAUAUCAGGAAUUUAAAGGAAAACGGAGAAGCUUUGUUGUAGAUCAUUUUUCCCCAUUUCGUUACAUUCAAUAUCUUUAGAUCUUGCCGUAUUCCAUCCAUUCGACGUUUCUUUGACCAUCCUCUAGGUCUGUUUUUUUUCUGAUUACCAUUCAAUUAUUGCUCUGAUUUCGUUUGUUGCUUGUAUUUACUUUACGCGUCCAAUUAAUAAAAAUUAGAAAACGUUUCGCAUUAAAAUUUGGGGUUUUCGUAACAAAUUCAUGGUUACCAUAUCAGUUCUUAGAAAGAACGAUGUAUUCAGUGAGAACACAGUAUAAGACAUUGCGCAAUAUUUUGGAAAUAUAAUAAAUAGAUAAUUACAUUUAAUUAUAUUAUAUUUUUAAUGUUCAUAUCACUUCAUGAAGAUACAAACAUUGUCAAAAAAAUAUUUUUACUUGAACUUAAAUGUAUAAAUCAAAUCGUGAAAUAGUUUUUUUAAGUGAAUUUUUUUCGGUUAUAGUGAAAAUGCUCGAAACAUUUCAAACUUAAAAUAAUUUGAUUUUCUUUUCGGUGGUACUUUAUUUGAAACAUUUGUUUAUUUUCCAAGUUGUUUAUGUUGUACCAUCUUCACAAUUGAAUUUUGCACUUUGAAUAGAAUGAUUUUAUUUGAGAUUCAGAGUGGAGCAAGAAAAGUUGUAUUAGUUUUGCUAUGAUGUGUGUCGUGUGCACAUGUUUUUUCUUCCUAUUUUGUUAGCACGGUUCGGCCAUUGGAAGUACAUUCGAUAGAUAAUUUGUUUAGGAAAUUCCAAGUAGUGUUUUUUAAUACUAGAUAAAAUCGUACAAAAAGACGUCCUAGGAUAAUGGAGACGGAUGCAGCCACUGUUAUAGGUAAUUUAACGUAUACCUGUAAGCAACAAUAAACCAUUUCUUAUGAACAAACGAUUCUGAACGGAGUGAUAGUGAUGCUUUAUGUACAAUAUAUAAGCUAUAUUAAAGUAAAAUAAUUAAAUAGGCUUUAUGUAUUUUCUUUAAUAAUAUUUGUUUAAUGUUGUACUGAUUUUCCCAGUUUUCCCCAGUUUUUCACAUUUGCUUGGGAAAAUCCUGGGAAAAUCGAAAAAUUGCCUCUCUAAAAUACCUCCCCAGUGAAAUUUUCUUUUAGAAACAUCGCUAUUAUUAUAAGUUAGAGGAAAACUGCCGGUAAAAUGUUGUCCACAUGAAAAAAGAAGGCCAUAAUAUUUUUAGCUAAUAUCUGCAUUUUUUACAUUUUCCCGUUUUAUUUCGGUUUUUCACAUUUGUUGAAAAAACUCUGGAUAAAAUCGAUGAACGACCUUUCUAAAGUACCUAAAGUACUUUUGGGUAGUCUAUAAGUAUGCACAUGAAUUGGUUCCAAUGAAAUGUCAUUUUAAUAAUUAUAACAGAAGAAAAAUACCAACAACAAUUUCCAUCCCAUUUUACACAGACUUAGGACAGUCUAGAAAACCAAAUAGAAAUCCAGCGUUAAGGUGAUUACAGACAUUAAAUAAAAAAAGGUAUUUAGACCAAUAAGUUUGACAAAACUGUAGAGUUUUGAUUUGGCGGAUUUUGUUUGUUUAACAAGUUAACUGGGUUUUACGAUAUUUACAUCUUAUGUGUUAGUUAUACCAAUUUCUACGUACGAGAACCAAUCAAAACCGUUUUCUAGUGCUCUGUAGUUAUUGUCGGAAACCAAUUCCGUAGUUCUCACAAUUGUACGCUAAACCGUUUUAACUGCACUGAACUGAGUGAAUCGAACUAGUUUAUUAUACUCAAUACGUAUGAAUAAGUAUGGAUCUUGUGAACGAUCUAGAUCAUACGAUUAAUUUUAUCUGAAAUUUGAUAAUAAUUGUUAUAGACGCGGAUUCUAGUUAUUCCAUGAGAGACAGACCACUAUCGCUUUGUAUGUCGGCCGCAUGUGCCGCACAACAGGUACCGGUGUCCGCUUCAAGAACCCCUCCAACUUCGGGCCCCACGACUGUGGGACAUUAUGCGGCGGCGGCCGCCGGAAGCCAAGCUGUGGCCAAAACCAAAACAUUGGGACUGACGUGCGUCGUAUGCGGCGACACUUCAAGCGGAAAACACUACGGCAUACUUGCGUGCAACGGCUGUAGUGGAUUCUUCAAGAGAAGUGUCCGUCGCAAACUUAUCUACAGGUCAGUAGUAUAAUUCGUUUGUCCUGGGUGGUAAGAAGAUCUAAGGUAAUUUUUUUUUAAAAAUUUUGUCUUGUCAUUUUUUCAUCUAAAUGGCAUACAUGUUCGUUUAUUCUAACAGGCGUAUUGGAGAUAUUGAAAAUUAAAAUAUCACAAGUAACUUUAAUGUACUUUUUGUUUGGCAAAGAAGACAUAAGUUGUAUAAUUAUAUAACUCAACCCAUUUAUGUUGGGUCAUCUAGCGAUUUAGCAAUAUUAUGCUAUUGCUAUUGUUAUUGCUAAAUAUUUAGCAAUUUUUGAAGUUUAAUUUAAUUUUGAAAAUUAUACAAAGUAUUGACACUUGCCUUUCUUCCAUGGACCAAGGAAUUAAUAAAGUAAUCCAGGGGAGGAUUGUUCAAAAUCAUUCUCAGUUCCUUUAGUCGUAUUGUACAUAUAUACACCAAAAUAUUAUUCAAUUUUUUUUAUUUUUCGGAAUUUUUAUAUUUUUUUCAUACGUUAAAUACAAUUUAGAUAGGGUUAGGGCAGGUCAGUGAUUAAUACAACUAUAUAAUAAUAAUGAAUAUACAUUGUGCAUAAAAUAUGUAUUUGUUCUUAUUCAUUAUUUUUAUUUUUACCAAUAGAUCUGCUGAUCCCUUUAAUAUAUUUGAUGGGGUAGUGCUGAUAGUAUAAAAGCAUAUACGUACACGCAAAUGUAAUUUUAUAUUGAUUAACUGGUCUUUUAUAAUAUUUUUGGAAAAAAAAAAAAAUGUAACGUUUGAAUAAUAUAUAAAUAUUAUAAAUGACAACAAUUAUUUUGAAUUUUUGGAGAAUAUAUUAUUGUUGGAGAAGAAUACAAGUAAUAAAAAUCGGAUAACCACGUACGACUUCAUAAAAUACGCACACAUUGUUCAUAUGAACAGGAAAUUUAUUGUAAUAAUAAUAUAUUCUCUUCGAUAUUGGCAUUUAAUACAAACCGAAUAAUAUGAAUAACAAAAACUGAUUUGACCCUAUUUCAUAUUUUUAUAAUAAUAUUAUGUCAUGAGGGGUUUCGGAAGAAUAAUACAAUCAAUUCAAACAUGUGUUUACUCUUAAUUCAACAAUACAAAUAAAUAUUCAAAAAGCGUGUACGUUUUUCGGAUGGAAAUUCGAAACAUCGGAUCCGUGUGAUGUUCGUAGGUGUAUAGAAUUAUGUUUGUAUAGGAAUAUUAUUUGCGUAUAUGGGUUAAACUCAGAACCGGCGUGAGAGUAAGGCGACUCAGGCGAUCGCCUAGGGAACUAUUCUGGGGGAGGAGGAGCCAAAAUUGCUUUUUAAAAUUGUACACAUUUUUGUCAAUAAUAUUAUUUUUUGAAAAUAUAAAAUACUUAUAACUUAGUACUGAAAUAUUGAUAACUAUAGUUAUUUCGUUUAGCCAUAGAUUAAAAUAAUAUAAGAUUAUUUUAAGUAUAUUCACUAUGGUUAAGCAUAGAAUGAUUAUCGUAUAUUACAGGGGUGGCCACUAACCUUAAUUUUGGGAACCACAAAUGUAUAAAGCUAAUUCGAAGCGAGUCACAUUGUAAAGCGACGUUUAUAAAAUGACACGUUUUUCAUAUUUAAUCAAAUGAAGGAGCAUUUAUUUUUUACAUUACACAAAACAUUAUUGUUAUUGAAAUUAUUAUUAAUAUUAUUGUUGUUUUUCUUAUGAGAAAGCCUUUUUCCAAUGUUUAUUUUUUCUGUAAGUUUUUUGAAAUCUGGCCGAUAAUUUGUAAGAGCAGUUCGCACAAGUUCACUUAAAUGUUUAUCAGUUAGUUCAGAUCGAUAUUUAGAUUUAAUGAAUUUAAUGAACUUAAUUGGCCACCGUGCCAAUCUAUAAUAACGACUGUAAUGAUAACAAAACCAACGGCAAUAAAAACACUAUCUAACGAUUCUAACAGAAUUAUAUAUUUAUUAAUUUUAGUCUAAGAUUAGUUCAAGAGCACCGCGAAACUGAUUUAAGAGCCGCAUGCGGUUCGCGAUCCUCGUUGUGAUCACCCCUGGUGUAUAUUAUGUUGCUCUAUAAUUAUAAAAAUUGCCGAAUAUUUGUGAUCGGUUUAAUCGGGAUCACGUCGCACUAUCGUGACUGCGUCGCUGUCACUUAUCUUAGCUGGUGGUAAGCGGAGUUUCUCGAAAUUAAAACUUAUACAAAUUAAAAACAUACGUGCGAUCUACUAUGACUAAUGAACGUUUGGUCUCAUUGUCGAUUUUAUCUAUAGAAAACGAAAUGACUACAAGAAUUGAUUUUUCUACAGUUAUAUAAAGAUAGUUUUGCGGAGAGGAAACCGAGAAAAGUGUUGAUCGAUAGCAAAUAAAUAAGCAUUCUUGACCAAAGUUUGAAAUACAUUAAAAAGUUUUUUUUUCAUAAUUCAAUUUUUAGGCAACUUUUAAGUAAUAGCGUAUUUUUGUUAUAUAUAUAUAUUUUUUUUUUUUUUGGUUCCUAAUCGUUUUUUAAUCUUGAGACUUUGAAGUCCCAUCGGUCAUCUACGGUUUGGAGUGUCUGGACUCAAAAGUCCCGUCAGCCAUGUAGCACUUUUUUUUUUUUAAAUAUAUGCAAUGUAAAAAUUAAGGAUAUAAUUAAGGAAUUUUAUUAAAUAAUUAAUUAAAAAUACUAAAAUACAAAAAUUAACAAUUCUUUAAAAUAGUUAAAUGGCUUAUGUUGCAAUGUGCACACUUAAAGUGAGGCAGCGAUUCGGUUGUAUUAGUACUGCAAACCUCUCAUCCUGCAUUUUUUUUUUAACAAAAAUUAACCAGUAUACUCCUCUAUGUCCAGUUAUUAUAUCCUUUAAGGCAGAAAAUUCAGUUUUUCUUCUUUUAUUGCUUUUUUUGUUUGUGAGCGCUGAAGAGUUUCUAGUUUUUGGUAAUUGUACCAUUAUCAAUGCAUCAUAAUCUGAUAUUAAAUCAGUAUUAUCUGGAAUUUCUUCUAGAUAUUUUUCAAUAUCGUCGAUAUUUAGAUUAAUCAUUUUCUAAAAUAAAUUAUAAAAUCUUAAAAAAAUGUAGGUACCUAUAAAUAUAUAUAUAUAUAUAUAUAUAUAUAUGUGUGUAUUUAGGUGCCUAUAAAUAUAUGUAAAACCAUUUUAGACUGAUGGCCACUUCAAUAACGUAAUGUAUAAUCAACUGAAGACAACUUUAUUGCUAAGAGUUACUUAAUUAUAUAGUAAACAUGAUAUAUAUUCAUAAUAUUGUAAAAUUUGCUUGCUUACCUUAAAAAAUCUUGCCAAUUAUACGCUAUUAAAAAAGUGAACACACAAAAUCACAAGACACAAAACAGUGGUAAUAAAAAGUUGAUAUAAUCUAUUGAAAAUAAAUGUUUCUUCGUGCAUAUUUUAUACAAUGUAUAUUGAACUGCAGUCUCCUCAGUCAUUAUCAGGACCAAAACUAUUUCCUAUGACUUAAUAUAAUUUUUUUUUUCAGAACUUAAAAGUCCCGUCAGUCAUAUUUUAUUUUAUAUUAUGUUAUGUUUUUACUAUGUUCUAUUGUACACUCCAUCUCAAUUUAUUAUUAAAUUAUAACCAUUUUUACAUUCUUUAUUUUUAUUAUUAGUAUGUAGGUAACUAGGUAUUUAUAUGUGACUAUACUACCUAUUGCAUUAUAUUUCGUCAUAAUCAUAUGUUAUUUUAAUUAUUUUUAAAUUAGACGACAACAAAUAAUGUACAAGUUGAGCAUAAUAUAUAAUUUUUGUUGUAAUUUGUGUUUUUUUUUUUGUUGGAUGAAAAAGGUGCCAGUUGAUAUUUUGGCUUUGGGCGUUAUUUAGCCUUGUGCCGGCCCUGGUUAUACUUAUUAAUUAUUCGUCAUAGAAUUCGUAAUAGUUAAAUAUUUUAAGGGGAUUGGGUGGGUACCGAUAAUUUUUACUUUCUCCAACACAUACUCUGUAUAACAAUUUAGACCAUUUUAUGACAAUCAGUCCAAUCGAUGUUGUGAAGCGUUGAGAAUCUUGAAAAUAAGUUUGAAUUCAGCAUAACGUAUAUAUGAUACUGAUCUGAACACUUUUCAAUUUAAUUUUAGGAUUUAUUUUUUAUACUUUCUAUUCGCUUUAAAAUCUUGAAAUCAUAUGUUUAAGGAUUUCGAAAAAUUGUACUGGACGGAUUGCAUAUAUCUACACUUCACACUGAAUCAAAAUCUGUUAAAGAAUUCUUAAUCUGCUUCACUACAUCGAUUGGACUGAUUUAUGGAAAAUUGGCUUUUUUAAGGUUUAUAAAACAAAUUUUUUUUCCGAUUAUAAGCCACUGUAUCUGUCCGCCUAUACUAUAGGUAGACAUAUUUUGAACCUAUAAGCCGUAUAGGUUCAAAAUGUCAUAAUAUCUAUUACAUAAAAUCUAUACAUAAAGAGCGAUUUUGUAAAAAAUAUUUGAUUAUUCAUUAAAAUAAUUUCGCAUUUUUACUAAACGAAAAAGUGCAUCUCGUCCUACUUUGACAGAAUUUAAAAUUAUACGGUUAUCUAACCGUAUACCUAUUAUCUAACCCAUAUAAUAUAAUAUAAAAAAAGUGAGCUUGUACAUUUAUUUAAAAAAAAAAACCCCUCUUUAAAUCCAUGUAAAAUAAGUUUAAAUUUUGUUUUCCCCCCUCUGAAAACAUUUAUAUGUAUUACGUAUAUACAAUAAAAUAUAAUAUUAUUAUUUUACACGAUAUAUCGUGUAUGUAUAUAAUAUAAUAUAAGCGACAGUAGUCUGGUAUAUACGAUGCAUUUACGAAAUCCUCUUGAAAUCACGUAGGCAAGUAUUAUUAUUAUUUUCUCUCCCGAGCGACCUGCUGCAGUAUAAAUGUUUCCCCUUUCGUGCAAUAGUAUUCGGAAGCCCAUAAAAAUCCAAUGUCGUUUUCCGCGUUUCCGAAUAGCCUAUACUUCUAUACGAAUAUUAUGGUGAUUUUCUAUACUAUUAUAUCAUACACAUGUUACAAGCGUGGUGUAGAUGUAUACCUUACUCAUAUAUAUGUAUGUACUAUGUAUAUUUAUACACACGGUUCUACAACAAUAAUACGAUUACUUUGACUAAACGACAACGACGACGACGUGUAUUGCCGGUGAACACAUAAUACUAAAGUAGAAUAGCUGCAGUAUUGACGAUAGAAAUGUGGAAACGUAAUAGAAAUGUGGAGUUGGAAAAGAUUACUUCGUAUCAAUUGGACCGAAGGGAAGAACUAUAUGUAAAAAUGUUCCAAAUAUUAGGGGAGAAAAGCGAGUAUUGCUAUCUAUAAUAAAUUAUAUCAAAUAGCGCGAAAUUUUGUGGGACACUUUAUAACCUCUUCGUAAUAGGUAAUACAACGAAAGAGAGAAUCGACGAAUGUUAAGAAAUAGGAAUAUACCGAAGAAAACCUUUAUGGGAAAGAUGAUUUAAAUGGCUGGACUCAACGGCCGGUAUUGACGUAUGGAUACGCUGCAGGCAUUAAAGAGAGAGGAAUAUUAUGGAGGUCAAUAUUUGCUAGAAGGCCAAGAGCCUUUAGUAAAAUAAGAGAAAAGAGACAUUUGCGAUCACAUUCGUUUGAAGCUACUGUGACUGUGUAUAAUAAUAAUAAUAAUAAUAAUAAUAUGUAGGUGGGUAUUAUACGACUACGAGGAAUCGUUUUUUCUCGGGUUUUUUUUUUUUUCAAUUUCGUGUCUCCUAAUACUCUUGAACGGUUAUAAAUAAAUGUGAUUCAGUAGCGAAAGAGGGUUUGACGUUUUAUAACAGCUCCUCGGCGGAUUACUGUAUAUUAUAUAUAUAUAUCUCGCGGGGACGAAGAGUCUGCUGGGGUGCAGAGGUGUGUGUAUAUAUAUAGUUUAGAAAGCCGAGCAAAAAGAUUCAAUUAUAUAUCUCUAACGUAAUACCACGAGCACGCCGCCUUUGCCGCCGGGCCGGCCAAAAGCCUUAUCCAUCCAUUCCUCCUUUCUCCGUUCAUUUCCCUCUCCUCCCCCCCUCUCCGACUCGUGUCUUUUUCUCCGUCUGCUCUUCCGUCCCCGGGCCGCGAGAGCUCUUUUUCGUGUUGCCGCGCGUAUUACAACUGCAAACUAUACACGCCGCGCGUUUUCUUCUUGCCGGGAAAUCGAUCGCGCUUUUCCCAUUCGCAAUAUAUACGGGUACUUUUUGAUUGGUUUUCGACGACGAGAACGUUAUAUAUGUAAUAAGUCCUCUCGUCCUCUUUCAACACUGCACCAGGUGGACCAGGUGCAGCGUUCUCGCGACCUGCAUUCCUCCAGCCACGCGCCGCGGUGCGAGAUAAAAAAUAAAAAACCUAAGUUAAGGCCGGGUUAGCGUGUUUUAUAUGGGUACCUUUUUUAUUUUUUUUUUUCAAAGCCUGCGUCAUCGUCCGUCGAUUCUCGAAUUUAUUCUACAUGGAAGUUUGACUGUUUAUUUUUUUUUAUAUAAAACUAAACCUACUCAACCUGCUGCAGUUAACCACCAGUCCUAUCCCGGUCGCAAAGAUUUUUACCUCGUCUAAUUUAUAAUAACAUACCCCUGAAACAUUGCAAUAUUAUCCUGUCCACGGACCGCGCGGUUUAUAGAAUAUCGAACGUAAGGGAACAUAAUAAUUUCGAUUUUUUUUUAUUUUUAUUUGUUAGAAAACCCAUUGCUUUUUCAAAUAGUCGCUGUGCGAGUUUUAAUUAUUAUUGCCGACGACGUUUUAUUGUGUCCAUACAAUUUGAACGAUAUGUUACAGCGAUAUAAUUCGCGCGCUGCUGCGAAGUGCUAGGAUUUCAUUUGCUCGGAGCGCGGGUGUAUAAUAAUAUAUUCCUGCGUAUAAUUUGGUGGCAAAUUUAAAUCAAAUUAUAACGAAAAGGGUCCGUGCGGCGGAAUUAAAACGACGGUAAACUUAUAAUGCUGGGCCGUCGAGGAUUUCCGCGCGCGCCGCUCUUUGACCGUGACCCGCUAACAGGUUUACACUUGUGACGGCCGAACGAUUACCUUCCGCGGCGAUUUGGACCGCGGCGAGCGAUACACAGUAAUAAUAAUAUAAUUUCCACCCUUCGUCCGCGUGCGCGGAAACGCAUCGCCACCCCUCGCACGCGUUAUUAGUGCAAAUCCCAUAGCCACAAUAGCCGCUGCAGAGUCGGCGGCGGCAGAAAGACGCAUUAACGAUAAAUUGAUUUGUUUAAAGAGUAUAUGUAGGUACCCCUCUCCAUCGCCCCAUGCUGUUAUUCGUCCUGCGCGUGUUCGGCGUACGGUACGUACUUAUCCUGCACAUACACACUCAAUUCGAUAGACGGAAUUAAAUCUCGGACCCGAUCGCGCCCCUGGGACUGUAUAGCCGCCACCACCACCACCGCCACUACCGCCGCCACCGCGCCGCCCUUCCCGUCCGGCGCGGUACGUACUGCACGGACGAAGGGUCAAAAUAUAGUCGUUCGUCCGACAGCCGACGAUUUUUUUUAUUAUUUUUUUAAACUCGGCAAUUUAUUUUGUUUUUAUUUUUAUAGAAUUCCCGUGUAUGCGAAAGGCGAGCAAAACAUUUCAGAUUCCGCAGAGGUUAUCGAUAUGAAUGUACUCGUAUAAUAUUGGUUUCGCGGUAGCGUGUGAUUUAUGUUUUCUGCCUUAAUGUUUGCAGUUAGCAGCUUUUCCACCAGAUAUCUUACUCCGAUUUACGUCAAUUUCAAGGUUGAUUUCUGGUAGAAAAUGUUGUCUAUAGUUUGUGUAUUGCGGUGGAGGUCAUUUGUUUUAAAUUUCCUUUGUAGUUUUCUUGAUAACCGGACAAAAAAACUGGAAUAUUUACCUAAUAGCGGUGUUAUUUUCGAUUUUGUCUCACGGACUGUACAAUUUUUACCGAUUACUCUGAUUAGCUCUUUUUAGAUGUGGUAAUAAAAUUAUUAAAAUAUUCUGGAAAUAAAACGAAAUCUUUAUUCUACACAUUUCUGUUUUUUCUUCCAUUUUUUGGGUUGUUUUUUAAAGGUAUCAACUACUGUUAAAAGACAACAUUUGUGUCAUAAAAUUGUUUCCUCAUUUAUUUCAAUAAUUUUGGUAAUGGUCCAAUACGUGAACUACAUCAUCAGUAUAAUGUACAAUUAAAUUUAACUAGCCUUUAAGUUAAUUUUAAUGAAAAAAAAAAAGAUUUAUUUCACUUCCCAGUAUCGUCAAUAGCUAUUUGUUGAAUUGAUUUAAUCAAUAUUGCUGUGAACGUAUUUUUUUAAUGUCAGCCUAAAAAUCAUCAUAAAUAUUUUUUGGAUUUCGACAUGAUCUCUACACUACUCUUCUUGGAGUUAUCUGUAUGGUAAAAGACACUCACUAUUUUUUAAAUAUUUGAUAAUUUUUAAGUGAAAUGGAAAUUGUUUAAUGUAGUUAUUUUAUAAACAAUUUUAGUUGAAUUUAUGUGCACAAUGUACAUAUAUGUACUUAUACAGUUGUAUACUAGCCCAUUAACUAGAUAUUUUCAAGUUCGGUUAACGCAGUCAAAUAUUUGACUGCGUUAUUAUUAUCGAGUAUAGAUAAAAUAUAUUUUACAUUCCAUUUUUAGUGUAUUUUUACCAUGGUUUAAGAUACCCAUAAUAUUAUCUUAAACCGUGUUUUCUACUCGUUUAAGAAACUCGCGUAUACCUAUUUAAAAUAUAUCAAUAUAUGUAUCAUAUAUAUUAUAUACCUAUUCAAUAGCAUACGAAUUGGGACAGUGUCUUUGAUACAAAUAUUUAAAAUACGCGUGUCUUAUAGAUUUAAUUGUAUUCUGUAUCGCGAUACAGUUCUGGAAAGUAUCGUGUAUCUUGUACAACUGAAACUAAUGUACAUUUUACCUACAUUAAUAUUCAUUUUAAAGUAUAUCUUGUUCAUGUAGGAACUUAAAGAGAGGAGCAAACUGGGUCAUUUUCCAUAGUGUUAAUUGUUAAGAAAACGGGAUGAAUUAUUGGGAAUUUCGAUAAAAUGUUUCAAUUAAAUAACCGUUUCACUUUUAAGACACUGUACGCGUGAAAUAUUGGAUUGAUAAUAAAAUGAAGUUAAUGUUUCAAUUUUAACGUAUCGAUAAAAUUCAGUAUUUAAAUACAUAAAAUGUAAGUGUAUCGAGUAUCUUGAAUUGCAAUACUUGUUGGUUGUUGCAAAGGUCGUAGGGGUCCCUACUGUACAGUCUCUAGUGUACUCAUUUUGAAAUAUUUUGCCCAUCCCUAAUGGUAUUAUGCUAUACAUAACAAUAAUAGCAAUAAUGAUAGUAUGACACAUAAUAAAGUGAACGAGACGUCGUCGUCUCUGUAGUGGUUCUCGGCCCGAUUGGAUUAUAGUCGUCGAGCUGCAGGUUAAAAUAUCAAAUAUAGUUUUGCGCGUGCGUUGGGAAAAUAGGGGGCGUGCAGUGAUGGGUGUUUCUCCGCGGCCAUUGUCGACCGUUUGAAAAAUGUCUUAGUAGAAAAUAUAUAUUCGUAAGAAUACACAAAAACCACGGUACAUAAGACGUACGUCAGGAGUAAACUGCAAGGACUAUUUCUGACUAUAAUAUAAUAUAUAUACAAGCCGAAGAAGCAUUUUAGCGUUAAGAUUUUUACUUCAAAGCUUUUGAAACUUUUGGCUUUAAACAGUCGUCUGUAAAGACAUAUAAUAUUGAUUAACGAACAACAAUAAAUAAUGAAACGGUAAAAUGAAAAUGUGUAUACAAUAUUUUAUAUACGUUAAAUAAGAUAGAUACGACGUAACAACAUAUUGUAACACAAUAAUAAAAAUAUGCCAGUGUUCGAAAAAAUAUCGCGAUUUUUGUGUUGAAACGCUCAAUCUCUAAAAGUAUUGUGAAUCGUUUCGAUUUUUAUCGUUAAAUUUUAUCUUCUGUCAAAUAUGUAUAAUUUUUCUGGCCUCUAAUAAGCGAAAAGUCCUAGAAUGAAUACCUUUCUAUAUUAAAUAAUUUUUGUCAUGUAAACAGUAAAAUUAUAAUAUAAUGUACUAAAUUUAUUUUCUAACUUACAUUAUAGGUGUCAAGCGGGUACGGGAAGUUGUAUUGUCGACAAGGCUCAUCGAAACCAAUGUCAGGCGUGCAGACUAAAGAAAUGUCUCAAUAUGGGCAUGAACAAAGACGGUAAGCGAUUUAUUUAUGAGGUAACUUUAUAUGAUAUCUUCGUUUUAAAUUCUGAACGAAGUGUAUUACUGUAAAGUUUUUGGUUGUUUUUUUUUUUUUUUUGUAAACAACCAGACAUUUUGUUCCAAUCAUAAAUGUGUGACACUAUAGGCAUCUUUUCUAAAAUCACAUUUGUGUCUAAUCGGUGCACUUAGAAUAAGAUGAUUUUAUUUUUAUUUUUCUUGUAGUUUUCUAAAUAUUUGGAGGUAAAAAAGUGAAAACGAUUUUUUGUAUUUCGAUAUUCGAAUAACCACAAAGACCUAAAAUGUUCACGUAAUACUUAUAUCAAACAACCUUUUCUAGACAUGGUAACAUUUUUAAAACAUUCUGACGAUUUUUGAGCUCUAUGUAUAGCAAAUAGAAAUUGUCGUGUUUUUUUAUUUAUUAUUCAAUGUUAUGAUAUGAAUAAAAUUAUUUUGGCUCAGAAAAAAUGCUAGUAAAUUUCAAUAAAAAUCGCAAAAAUCAUGAUACGAGUAUUUAUCAAAACAUGAUGUUUUGCUCAAAAUCUGUUUUCGUUACCAACAGGUGCGUUGGUUUUACGGGUGGUUCCUUCUCUGUAUAGUCCCUUAAUUUAUAUACGUUAUCAGUUUAAAUGAGUCCCGUUUAAUUAUUUUUUAGAUCUAGAUAUACGAAUAAAAAAAAAUAACCCUCUUUACCAACGAUAUAUCAAUUACGUAUACACGUUGAUUAAAUUACUCAAUUAUAAUAUAUCCUUAUAGGCCCCCUUCCCAACUUUUUUCGAACAUAUAUAUUUCAUCUGCGAAAAAACAAAAUAAGAAGUAUAGCUAAAAACGAUGACGAGAUCUAAUAACAUAAUAUAUUAUACAGUCAAGUACAAGUAUUCAAUGUAAUACUUAUUUUUUUCAAAAAAUGACUUGUACACAAUUUUUUUGAAACUACAUACUCUAAAAUGAUACGUUUUUUUUAUUUUUAAGAUUGAAACGAUUACCUGUUUUUGAUUUUCAAACGGCAAACUAUAUUGAAAACUAAUGGAGCGUCAUUUGCUGUGUGUAGUCUUCUAAUAAUGGAGUUUUUAAAUAUAGGUUGCUAUUUAAAAAUCAAAAAUAUAGGUGGUCGAUUCACCAACCCCUCCACAAAAAAAAAAAAAUUAGGGUGUCAAAAAUAAUUUUAUCGUAACAUUAGCGUCGUACAAUUUCCCAAACACAUUGUACGAUUAUAAAAAAAUUUAUAAAUAAAUCGUUCAUGGAGAAAAAAAAUCUAACGUUAGAUAAUGGGAAGAUCGGAUACAGCCACUGUUAUAGGUUACCCGGGCGUAGACCAGUGGCGUAUCUACGGGGUAAUAUAUAUCACCCCCCUUGAAUCUAUUAUUUACACGUCUAGCUAUUUUUCAAAAUAAAUUUCUUUACUUUUUAAUCAGCAAAAUUAAAAAUUUGACGUGUCGUUUCCUACCUGUUAUUAUAAAGUUAAUAAUGUUGAUUUAUCAAAAAAUCUGAACGUGUACAUUUUUAUUUUUGUUUAAAACGAAACCUAUGUUCAAACCACCAAAGUAUGAAGGAGACUAGAUUAGUACUUAUAAAUCGUAAACCGAUUAAUAACAAAUACUUAUCUAGGUAAAACUAGAAUAUUGUACGUUACAUACAACAAAAUCACAUAAAUUAAAAAUUGAUCUUUUAUUUUUUUUUUUACCCGAGCACACGUUACACUGCAGUAUACAUACUGUAUAGACAGACACGUUUUUCGAAUUCAAUAUCUCCCUCCUUGACAAAAUCCUAAAUACGCUACUGGCGUAGACGCAGUGUUAUUAUUAUUAUUAUUAUUAUAUCUGGUAAGCUACGCGGACUUGCAAAUUAGAACUCGCGUGGAAUCCCUUUGAUUUCGCGCCGUUGCAGUCGGGCUCGCGGUUAAAAUCUCGCGGUGGCUUUUAUGAUAAUAAUAAUAACAAUAAUGAUAAUAUAUUAUUGUUAUUAUUAUUAUUAUUAUUAUUAUUAUUAUAACGUGUUUGCGCGGCCUGUCGAGGAAUACUUUUUAAUGAUAUCGUGUGUAACCGCCGCCGGGUCGCGCGCGCGAGCUCCCGAAAACCGCGUAUUAUUAUAACGACAAUAAUAAUAAUGCGCGCUCCGAGACAAUGCAUAAUAAUAAUACGUAUAUUUCAUACGUGUCGCAAUAUAAUGUGUGUAUAUUAUCGUUAUUAUAUGUAUAAUAUUAUUAUUGCCGUCUCUUCUUCGCCGUCGCCGUUCGUUUGCGGGGACGCGUGUGCGCGUCCGCGCGGCCCGGAGGCGACAGAAAAAAAAAAAAAAAAAAGGAGAAAAAAGAAUUUGGAAAAAAAAAAAAAAAAAAUCUCCGUCCUUAUUGCCGGUUGGCGGUACUCUUCGGCGACGGAUGCGCGCCCGACCGCUCAUUAAAAUGUAAAAUCGCAAACUUACAACAAUAAUACUAUACAAUACAUGUAUAUACGACCGCGCAAUUUAUAAACGACGAAGUAUAGUGUAUUUUUUUUUUUUUUGCUGUUAUAAUAACAUGCACGGGGCGUCGUCAGGGCCGAACACACGCGCGCGAGUUGUGACGAUACGUCGCGGGUUUUUUUUUUUAAAAAUGUUUUCUACACUUUAUCGUUAUUAUUGUAGUUACGCGCGCGGUUGUUUUAUGCGACAAUAUUAUGUUUAUUUAAAUGAGCGUGAAAAACAUUUUUCUCGGUUAACUCGCCGUUUUCUCUCCCUCUCUCCCUUCCCCGUGUACACGGCGUUUUUUUAAUGUGUAUUUUUUUUUUAUAUUUGCUUCUCUCGCUACAUGCUCUACACACUAACGAGGGUCGUCCGCGUGUGAACACGUGGCCGCCACCCGCUGCAGUCGCACCGUCACCGCAACCGUGAUGCAUAAUAACAAUAAUAACCACAAGCGCAUCGUACACGCACGUAUUAUGUACACUGCUAUUAUAAUAAUAUUUUUGGCGACGACCCGGUGCGAGACGAGUCCGUGACGAUCAAAGGUAGACGGUAUUCGUUAUCGUUAAUUAUCGCGGCAACGGCGGUUUACAAAGUAUCUGCCUACAUAAUCAGGAGUGCCGUGUACGGGGGGGGGGAGUUAUGGGACUGCAGCCCCCCACGAGUUUGACAAGACGGAGCUCAUCCCCCCCCCCGCGGUUCUCGUGUUAUAUAAAAUAAAAUCAUGUACAUCCUCAAAAAUACUAAUUUCAACUAUAACAAAUUAAUUGAGAUAAACUUUUUUUUUUCAUAUAUUGAUACCAGAGAAAAAGUGUAAAUUAUAUUGUGAUUUUUCGUGAUACUAUUAAAAUGUUUUGUAACAUAUAAAACAAUAAAUAACAAUAUUUUAGUAAUUAUUUUUUAACGAACAAUUUAAGGAAAAUAAAAAUUGGAAAUAUUUGGUAAGAUUUAGGUAAAACUGUAUAUGUGUGUAUAAAAUAAAAAGAUCUGAAAUUUGCAUAAUAUAUGGUACAAGUCGUUAUUAGAACGUCUUCGAAAAUUCCACAGUCAACAUUUCAACGUUUCGGAUCUUGUAAUCUUAUAUAUUGAAAAUAAUACAUUUCAUAGAUUUUCCGGUUUUAUCCGGUUUUUUCCCGUUUAUUAUGAAAACAGCUGGGAAACUCAAAAAAUGACCUCCUUACGGUACCACACCAGUCAGAUUUUUUUUCAGAAAAAGUGCUAUACUUGAAAAUCGUAGAAAAAUUGCUGAUAGAAAAGUUGUUCACAGAUAAAAAUAUAAACAUCAUUGUAAUACCAUUACAUUUCUCGCUCCGUUAAGAAUCUAAAAAAAACAAAUCCAUUUAACAGUGGUAAUUGAUUUACUGUGAACUAAAUUGUAUACUUUCAAAUAAAAUGUUUAAUGUGUUUAGUUACCUAUUUUUAGUGGCAACUAUGUCAAUUUUUUCAAGUGUUGCUCAAUUUCGACACACAAUGACCACCUCUGCCUCUUCCACGAUUUUUUCAGGUCACUAAAUUAUGCGGGACCCAGGCUCAACAACGUAUUUUAUAUUUUGGCCCUUUAUACCUAAUUAAUGAGCAAAAAAUGAUAGGCUAUCAUUUGAAAAAAAAAACAUAAUUAAAAACGGAAUUCUAAAUUUUUUGGUAUACUUUAACUAAAUCCGCAUGUGCAUCUUUAUUAUUCAUAAGUCAUAACUAAAACUUCAAUCUUAAAUGAUAUUGAUACUAUAUAAUAAUGUGGUCUUCUGAUAGCUUUUGAUUAUCUUGUCAAUACAAACUAUCGAAUUUGAAUAACAUCAUGUUCAAAUGUUCAAAACAAACUGAUUGUGAUCACAGUUAUAGUUAUUUAUUAGAUAGAUACCUAACAGAUAAAAUAAUUUUACCACCAACGCCGUAUCAAUCUAUAAUUACUAAAUUUUUAUAAAAUAAAGAUAUCUAUUCUGUUUACUUUGUAGAUAUUGAAAUAUUUAUUUGUUUAGCUAUUUCUGGACAGUUUUUGAAUAAUUCAGUCAAAUUUGUUGAUAUUCAAAGAAAAAUAUUGGGAAUGAGACUAUUAAAAACUUUAAGCUCAAAAUGUGUUGGUGUAAAGGCGUAUUGAACUGGAUAGGUACGUGACACGUGCCCGGUGAUCCAGAGCUCCCUGAAAUUAUUUAAACAAAUAUAAACGUGUUGUAUAUUAAAACCGAUUUGAACCCUCCCUGAAAUUUGUUUUCAGUUAAGGCCUUUUUACUAUCUAUUACACUAAUUCACCCUCUCCUUAAAUGAACUUCAUCCGUACUUUUAUCCGUACUGUGUUUGUGAUUGUAUACAAUUAUAAUAUUAUAGCUGUUCAAAAUGAACGUCAGCCAAGAAACACAGCAACUAUACGGCCGGAAAAUUUAGCUGAUAUGGACCACGAACGGGUGAUUCGAGAAGCGGCUGUAGCAGUUGGAGUUUUCGGGUGAGCAAAUAAUUUUUUUUACCAGUAGUAUGGGCAUUAUUACAUUGGCUAUUUGGCUAAUAUUAUUAUUGACGUUGUUAAAUCAUAAAUGUUUAGUUACAAUUAACUAUUUUAACCGUUAAUUUUACUAAAAACACAAUUAAUUUAAACAUUAAAUAUUUAUUUUAUAUAUUUAUGCCUAAGAAAUUUCUAAACAAAAAAUAAUACGAAAUAUUAGUAGAUAAGUUUUCAUUUUUUCAAAAAUUUCAAAAAGUCAAUAUUUUAUUUGAUAAGUAUAAUAUAUUUUGAAACAACAACGGUUAGCGUAAAAUAUUUUAUUUUCAAUGUAUUAUAUUACAUAACACAAUAGCAAGCGAAUAAUUUUUCAAUAUCAUAUUAUCGACAAAUGUAUAAUAUUAUAAGCUUAGGGUUUGCUACAUUAUAAACACACCCUGCCAUUAUUAUAAAACGUUUUACUGUACAAGCGUAUAUACAAUAUAAUAUAAAUAAAUAACUGGCUAUCACAUUCGGUGGACCGUCCGCCCCGAAAUUUUGAUUAAUGGCUUGUAAAUCUCCUCUCCGUUAUGUUUUCCGCGUCCAUAAAAAAAAAAAAAAAAAAAAAAACAAUAAUAAUAAAAUAAAGGGUUCAGGUGUUUAGUCGCAUUUUAAUUCUUCAUUUCGGAGGGUCGUUGGAUCUACGACUUGUACAUUUUAUAUUAUAUUAUACCCUUAUGUUUUUUUCCCUCUCUUUUAUAAUAUACACAAAAGUCAGGAUUAUUCGCCUAUCUGCUUUUGUCACGUUUAAUUUUUUAUAUUUUUUUUUCGUCACUCCCCUACAAAUGACAACAUUACACAUAAUAUAUGAAUAUGCAUUUUUAAAUAUAAUUUAAUAUUUACAGACAGAGCAGCGCAGGUAUACCCAUAGGUUUACCCAAGUGCAUUUCGCGCGCACAAUACACGUUUAUUUAGAAAUGCGUAAUGUGUAUAUAUUAUAACAUGGACAUCAUAUUAUAACAGCUCUGAAAUGACACACGCCGGCCAGGUUGCCAUAAUAAUAAUAACUACCGUUGCACGAGAGGAAAAAAAAAUAUUAUAGGUAUAUUUAGUCUUGUUUGUUAUGUAAAUCAUACUCGGUUAUACUUAUAACGUAAAAACAUUUCGCUCCCUGAUGGACACGCGGUAUUUGCCAAAAACAAAAGUAGUAUUAUACUUACAGACAAAAUAUUAUGCUAAACGAGUCGUUUCACAAUGAUUGAUGCGCCAUGUUUUCAUAGUAAUUUUUGGUUUUUAUUUACCCAUGUAUAAUAAUAUUGUCAAUAUAUAAUACAUAAUAUAUAUUUAUGUGGUCUAAAUUUAAAAUUGUACGUAUCUAUAGCUCAUUGAACCAACGAACAUCUAUAUAGGUAUAGAUAUAGGUACGCUGUUUAAAAUAUGUGACCAAUAAGUAACACAGGAAUAAAAAAAUUAAAAUUUAAUUUUGGGGGUCGAAUUUCAUUCAAAUUACUCUCUAAAUUUUAAUGGGACUAAUAAGAACAAACCGUAAAAUAUUCAGCGAAAUUGGUCGAAUAUUUUUUAAGUCUAGUAUAUUAUGGUCUACGAAAAAUAAAUGCCUUUUAUUAUAUUAUUACAUUGAUACAUUUCUGGGUUACCUUGGUUACAUUGAUACCAUAGUUAGUCAAAUUAGCACGGUCGUAAAAAAUACAUAAAACAACGUAAACAAAAACCUCUUAAAUAAUAAUUUUAUUUAGGUAUCUUUUAUAGUAUUACAUUAAUAAAAUACCUAUCUAAUACAUACUUAGUCACAUAUGUAGGGAUUUAGAGAUAAACAAUUAAAUAAAACAAAAAUUAAAUGUUCAAAUCAAGUGUAAAUCAGUAUUUAAAAUAAAAAAAACUGUAUGAACCGGAACGCUUAUAAAUUUAUAAUACGCCACGUGCGGAUAUGCCUAUAAUACAGUAUAUAAUUUGAGAACAAUUUUUUUUUUUUUUUUUUGCUGGUUUUAAUAAAAGUAAAAAUUUGUUGAAAAAUAUACCUAUUCAAGCGAUUUAAAGUUCGGACAAAUUGAUUCUUGACUGUACACUAACGAUGUACAGGAGAAGUGGUUUACGGGUGUUAUAAAAUCGCAUUAUAACUUAAGGCAUUUAAAUCGGAGAGAAAUAGAAUUAUAAAUUUGUUAUUAUUCAUAAAUAAAUUACGUAUAAUUGAACAAACACAAUUGAACAAUAUUGUUCAGUAAACCAUAUUUGUGUCUUAUCUAUCCAUUAUCCGUUCAGAACUACCUAUAUUAUCUAUUUAACUAUUUUUACAAAUUGCUCAGUUUCGUCGUUCGGUGAACUAGUUCAAUUUGGGUGAACGACAAAUGAACGGACUAUAGUUCGCCUCAGAGAACAACUGGUCCCAUCUCUAUUCCCGACUCAUAGUAUAAUAUUAUGACGGACAUAAUACCAUUACGGUUAAGAAUAGAUAUCAAUUUAUACGGGAUUAGUUAGCUAUUGUAUAAUAUAAUAUUAAAUUAUAAAACGAUUUAAUCCCACGGCGAAUUACAAAUUAAACGAUGUCGGUCCCCGGGAUUUCCUUUAGAACCGCCAUAUGGGUAUUAUUUUUUUUUUUUUUUAUGCCUUUUUCGUCGUCAUUCUCCACACCAUCACCAGAACUUAGGGAUUAACCAUCAAAGGCACUCGUGUGGGCGAUGGCCCUGCAAAUAAUUCAUGUGUUGGGGGACAACGCCCGUGUCGUUUGACUAAUGUUAAUUUGAUGGGCGGAUUUCGUAUGUUAUUAUAGUAUAUAUAAAUAAUAUAUAUUUAUGUGUGCGUAUUUAUUAUUAUUAUAUAUAUAUAUAUAUGUAUAUGCAUAGGUAGCCAGAUAGGUAACUAAUAAUUAAGGCUCGGAAGUUGUUGCAUUUGCAAAUUUUUUUCUAUUGUUUGGAUUUGUUGCUAAGUAGGUUUUAAAUUCGUUUCAUAUUAGUACGAAUUAAAAUCUAAACAUUUUUAAUGCACUUUUUUGCAAUUUAUGGCAUUUUUUUUUUUUUUAUUUGAUUGCAAUAUUUGUUGAUUUUCUUCAUUUAUAAUGCAAUUUUAGAUACUUUUAAAUGUUAUUCACAUGAUUUAAUUAUUUGUCCACGAUAAAAUAAAAUAACUUUAGGGACCGUGUCAGAUAUUAUGUCCGAAUAAUAAUAUAAUAAAAAUAAUAUCAUGUGGUGUAUGCGUAUUGAUGGUUAUUUCUGGCUUGUCGAUUGUAAUGGCAGCGGUGGAAAUACCAUACCGAUAAGACGACGCACGAGUUAUUAUUUUCUCAAAACAUUAAUAAAAAAAUAGCCCGAUAAAACUUGUACUAUUUUUUUUUUUUUUUAAUUAUUGCAGUUAUAGAUAUUUUUUACAGUAGUAAUACAGUCAAUUUUAAUAUUUUUUAGUGCAAUAACUUCAGAGCACUGCUAAUAAUAUACUACGUAAAUAGUAAAUACAAAAUAGCGUCGUACGUACACGAUGAACACACGAAUUGUUAUUAUAUUAUUUUGAUAAUAAUAAUAAUAUAUAAUAUUUAACGUACACGGCGAUAUGCGAGAGAAUUAGAACGUUAUUUCUACUACGGUGAAAAUUAAUAUAAUAUUUUUACUAAUUUGUGUAUGAUAUUUAUCGCCUAUUUUAAUACAAAUACGUUUAAUUAAUCGAUACGGAACAUAAUUAAACCAUUAAUUAUCAUUUAAUUAGUUACACACUUCCCUAAUUACCAUAUGCGUGCGCACGGGUAGGGCUGAUUAGGCUUUAGCCCCACCUGAGCCUUUUUUUAUACGUGGGUGGGUAUCUACUUGGUACUUUAUGAAGUUAUGACUAAAAGUAAGUAUAGCCCUUUUAGUUUUAAAACUUUAUGUUUACCCGAGAGACUGUAUAGAAAUUAGAAAGUAAUAAGGCAUUAUAGCCAUAGAAAAUUGAUAACAAAAUAAAUAAAAAUCUAUGAUAUUUACACGAUUAAAGAUAUACUGGUUGGCGGUUGCCCAUCGAGAUGUGAUAAGUAUUUGUGGAUAUUAAACAUGUUUAAUAUCUAUGAUUAAAAUAAUAUUAUAUUUUAUCUUUAUGUAUGCUUAUACUAGUUACCAUUGAAAGUAGUUGCGUUAGGCAUGCUAUACUUGAAAAAAUUGCUAAACAAAUAAAUAUAAAACUUGUAACGCUAAAAUCAAUGUCUAACACAAUAUGAGCUAGCUGAUCUGAAGCUAAAUACACUAUUAAAUCUAAUUAUUCAGCUUUGGUUAUAGCGUUUCAAGAAAUUUGUGAUUCAACCAGACUCUGAUUAAUGCGCUAAAGCUUGUGGUUUAAUUUUUCAAAUACAAUCUUUCAAUUUUAAAUUCGCCUUUAAAAGUCAGUACAAAUUUACAAAGUGGACAAUUAGUUUAACAAUUAGACAAUAUCGGUCUGAUGAUGAAGAAUAUGAAAAAAUACGCAACAAUGCUAUAAAAAUGUGUAAUGAAAAUAAUAUUGACAUUCCUGAUAUAAAAUACGAAAAAUAUCAGAAAAGGUUGACGACAACCACAAUCAUCAAUAUUUUGAGAAAACUAAAAAAGAUGAAAUGAAACAUUCUUAAUUUUAUUUUGCACUUGAUAAAAUUAUAUCUGGAUUAAAUGUUCGAUUUUUUCCCGGUUUUACAGUUCUAUGUUUUAUCCGAAGAAUAGAUAUCCCGAAUAUAAAGUUAUCUAAAAUAUUUUGAAUAGAAUAUUUUGGUUUUGCAAUGUAAUAAAUUCUCUAGAUAGCUCUGUGAUAUAAAUUAUAAGUGUGAAAUAAUGAAAAAUGAUUGUUUACAUUUUUCAGUCACCAACAAAAGCGUCACUUCGAAGUUUGAAGUAAAAAUGUCUAUAAUUUUUUUCUUGUGUAACCGUGACAGGGGAGGUCAGAUUGAAUUUAGUUUCUGACUCAGAAUUCUGCACACACCUACGCUAACUACUCAUACUUAUAUAAUAUUUUAUAUAUUGGAGAUUCCUCUAUGAAUAAAAUAUACAUACUAAUCAUAUAUGUGUCAUAUUAUUGUAACUACGAAAAUGUUACCGUUUUUAGGCUGUUAUAUGGGUAAUAAAUAUAAUGACCAGAGAGUAAUAUAAUAAUUAUAAUAACAAUAAUAACUAAUAAGUAAUAUUUAAAUGGGCAUUACAACAUUAUGCCUUGUAGUAUUUAAAAGGCUUGCGUAAAGGCGAUUUUUACGAAAUUGUUGAAAAUUUAAGAUGUAUUAACUCAAAAACAUUCAAAAUAUUGGUCAACAUCGUGAGUUCAACAUUUUUUGAAACACUCUUUACUUUUUUGAAUUUUUAAAACCUAAAUUUUUGUGUAAUAUUUUAAAAAACUCAUUAAAUAAAAUUUUCUUUGAAAUAUUAACCUCUGCAUUAUAAUUUUUAAACAGUUAGGUAUUUGAUUGUUACGACCUAAUUACUCCUCGAGUAAUAUUAUUAUUAUUAUUAUGUUAUUGUAAUGAGAGAAAUUCUCAACAGGCCGUGUCUUUACAGACCCCCAGUUUCUGUGGCAUUAGCAUUGUCACCGUUAAGGUAUCACCCCAACGGUCCUAUAGCGCCACCACCGAGCAUACAACAACGGCCGGCGGAACCUUCACCAACCACAUCGUCGUCGCCUAAACAAGAAUCCAACCACGAUGACCAAGACGAUGGUAAGUGAUCUAUAGACUAUCAUUCCCUUUCAAUUUUCUGUUCACAAAACGCAUGUAAAUCGUCGUGUUUUAGCUCGGUGUUUCCACUCAAAGUAUGGGUUCGUUUUCUUUUCUACACAUGAAAUAUCCUAACCCAUGGAUCUUUUGGUCUUAGAUAAAGCUAAUCACUAUGAACCUCAUGUCCAUACAAGCUCCUGCAGUUCAUUAUUUUGUUUCCUUAGCCGAAUUCCUAUGUGUGCAUCAAAAUCUGGCCAACGAAUUGUCGACCAUAUUUUAUUGUCUUUUCGUUAUAUUCUAUUGUCAUUGUCAAAAAACCGCGGUUUGGUUACGAAUGCAUCUAUAAGUAAUAGUGUAAUACCAAUAAAAUCGUUUUGCAGACGACAGUAUAGACGUGACUAACGAGGAACCAGACACCUCGGACAACAGGAGGGGUUCGUCGUCACCACCGACGGUGCCGAUACCACUCACUCAGCACCAUUCCAUGUAUGACCAUCAUCCAUCCUUCUACCCGGGCCUACACGAAAACGUAUAUGAGACAUCUGCCCGUCUGCUGUUCAUGGCCGUUAAGUGGGCGAAAAAUUUGCCGUCGUUCGCAUCUCUUCCGUUCAGGGAUCAGGUGAGCACACAUCCCGAACAAGAGAAAAUCAAGAGUCGUUAUUGAAUGUGUUUUUGAUUGUAUGGAAUGAAAUUACGAUGUGGUUUCGGUAGACGAAAGUACUUAAAUUUUGAAAGACAAGAUUCAGAGGUAGAGAAAGAGAUUUUUGAAAAAAAUGGGAUUAAAGCAAAAUUAUAGAGUUUAGGUUUAAAAGAGUGGUUAAAAGACAUAGAAGUCAUCAUGAAGUAGGGCUCGGAGAUAAAAUUUUAUAAAAUUAGUCAAAGAGUGCAUUAAGUAUAUUUAGUAAUGUAAUAGCAAUAGUAUAUGCAAAAUAAUGAAGAAAUCGUACUAGAGAAGUAGAGAUGUUGUUACAGUAGAAUCAGUGAAGAUUAUUUCUAGUUGUGAUAAAAGCGACAGGAAUGUUGUGUACCGCAAUAAUGCCAUGGUGGCGUUAUGUACUUAAUAAUAAAACAUACAUAACUAUUGACCAUUUCUAAAACGGUUUUCUUUUUCCUAGGUGAUACUCUUGGAGGAAUGUUGGUCUGAAUUGUUUUUAUUGAACGCAGUUCAGUGGUGUUUGCCACUAGAAAACAACCCAUUGUUCAACCCUUCGGAUCACGUAGCCGCUAUACCCAACGGUAAAGCCAGUCAAGUAGCGGCCGACAUACGCGUUCUGAACGAAACGUUGCGCAGGUUCCGGACUAUCAGCGUCGACCCAGCCGAGUUUGCCUGUAUGAAGGCAAUCGUAUUAUUCAGAGCCGGUAACGAUGAACUCUUUUAUACACAUACAUAUUAAAUUACGGUAUCCUUUGGUUCGGUGCAUACGAGCUGCCUCCCAAAAUAUACGAAUCAUCCCCCAUCAUUAUCGUAAAUAAUACACUAGUUGCCUCCGACGAUUGGGUAGUUCAUAAUUAUAUACGAGUUGCCUCCCGUAUAGAAUAAAGCAGUGGUUCAUAAACUAAACUGAAUUUAAUAUAAUAUUUACAAUUUUAUUAAAAAUAAUAAUAUCACUGUUCAAUAGAAAACAUUUGGUAAUACAAUUAGUCAAUAAAAUAAACACAAUAUGGUAAUAAAUAAAAAAUAAAAAAAUAUAUUAUUAUCAAAAUUAUCAAAUUUAAUAUACCUAAUAUUUAUAAUUUUGUUAAAAAUAAUAAUAUCAUUGGUCAAUAAAAAACAAUAUCCAACGCUGGGUGAUAGGUUACUAAUAAGUAACUAAUAAGUAACAACCAAUAUAAUAUUACUUCAUGAUAAAAGAUUUAAACAUAUCUAUAUAUUGAUGCAUGAUGUUUGAACAUUUUUGAAUCGUUUUGUGAACCACGUACACAUUUAUUAGGUACCUGCCUAUUGGAAGGUAAUUCGUAUUCAAAUUAUCGACCUUUUGGACCUCGGGAGGCAACUAGUAUGCUCCCUCUUAGUUAUAGAAAUUAAAAGUAAAAUCGUAUUUUAUUUUUAUUAUUUUUUAGAUUCGGAGUGUAGUGAAUUUUACUAUGAUGUGUUUUUUUUUUCUAUCUGUAAAAAACGUUUGAAAAAAAAAACUAGCUCCAAAGUAUAGACUGUAGACAACUGUUCUGAAAGGAAGUUUUCUCUAGUUGAUAAAUUAAUUUAGGAAGUCAUUUUUCGAUUUUCCAAGAGGUUUUCGAAAUAAUCCGGAAAAACUCGAGAAGAAAAGUAUAGGUAAAAAAACGGCAAAUAUUUAUGGCGCACCGCAGCACAAAGACCUUUUUUGUUUAUUUUUAAUCUAGUUCAUGAGUCAAUACAUGAAUUUACUAGCUUUUCUUAUACGUUAAAUGUUCGUGAAAAAUAGUUAAGUUAUAAGUGUAGAUAUUAUUAUACAUUAUUGUACAGUGUGUCUCACCGCGUUAAACGGAUUUUUCUAGUGCUGUUAAUGUAAAAUUUUUCGAUUUUUUUUUUUUUUUCAAACGGUUUUCUUCGAGAGGGAGAUCGAUUUGGAGAAAAAUUACAUUUUUAUUUUCAUCCUCAAAACACAAAAAAAAAAAGUAACUUUAUUUAUUCACUUUAGAAAAUUUUCAAAUAGCAAUUUUGUAAAAAAUAUUUUUCUAAAAAUGUUAAUGUAUCAUACUCACAUUCAUAUACGAAUAAUAGUUUCUUAAUUAUAGCCGUUUUGAUUUCUAUAAAAUAGGCGUGAAAACAAUUGAUAUUCAAUAGAAGGUAAAGAAUUACCAUGCUAAUUUUAAUUCCUUAACAUAAAACGUGUUAUUUUAUUGAAUAUUAAUAGUUUUCACACCUAAUUAAAACUACGACUAGGCAUAACUAAGAAAUUAUUCGUCGAAUAUAAAUAUUGUGAUACAUUUCAAUUUUUUUGAAUAGUAUUUUUUACAAAAUGGCUAUUUUAAAAAUUUUCUAAAGUGAAUAAAUAAAGUUUUUUUUUUAUGUGUUUAAGGGAUGGUAAUAAAAAUCUAAUUUUUCUCCAAAUUUAUGUCCCCCUCAAAGAGAAACUGAAUGAAAAAAAAAGUCAAAAAAAUGUAAUAUUAACAGCGCUAGAAAAAUCCAUCGAACACACUGGGACACACUGUAUACACUAUACAUUAUAUAUUAUACAGUCGUUUUUGUUGAGUCACAGAGGAUUCUAAGCUGUAGCUAAAUAUUAAGUGUGAUAAGAGUAGAAAUAAUCCUUCCUUAUACUUCAUAACAGAUUUUAUGAUAAAGAUUUUAUCACACGGAAAACUGAUAAUUGGUGAAUUUCAGUUAGGCGAUUAGACAAUUAAAAUGUACACACAUAAGCAUUUAGUAUUGAACUCCUUCCAAAAAAUGCACCCGUAAACUAUUAUAAACUAUAAACUCCCCGUAAAAAAAGUUUAAAAUAUUUCCACUGUUGUUAUAUUAUUGGGACAAAUCCAUAUUUAGACUAAAAUGAUAACUACAUAUUCAAGAUUUCACAAUAACAUUGAGUUUUUAAGAGUAUUUGAUAAAUAUUUAUUUAAAAAUUAAUUUCAGAGUAGCUAGAGUAACCAUAUCAAUUUGUACAAUGAAACAAUAAAUAAACAUGAAUAUACGAUAGAUACGUAGGUAUAAAUUUUUACUCGGUACAAUAAUUUAUUAUGUACUUACCUAUAUUUACCUGUAAAUUAAAUUCCCCCUCAACCUACCAAACUUCUCACCUACAAGUGGCCCACCAUCAUUGCGAAUUAUGUUUGUUUGUUCUAAAAUUUAUUUAUAUGGUGAAAUACUUGGUUUUUUUUGUGCCUCUCUUCCCAUUAUUAAUUUCUAAAUACGUCCCUAUUGUGAUUAUAUGUAGGGGGGCUUGUGGAGUGAUCUCCUAUGAGUUAUUUUAAGUUGAUAAAUGAUAAUUCGAGGUUGAGUUAUAGAUUGUCAAUCUAACCGGAGCACCCGUAUUCUCUGGACCAGUAGAGAUUUUGUAGGUAUUUACACAGUGGCGUGGGUACCUAGAGUAAAGCUAAGAGGCAUCAUCUUUCCAUUUGUCGAAUAACGAAUUGAAUAUAAAAUAAUCAUUGUUAACAAAAUACGAUUCUGAACGUAGUUCAGUUGUACAUUUUUUUUAAAUACCAUAAGUUUUACAAUUUUCGUCAAAAAUUAAAACUAAAAUAUGUAUAUAUAAAAAAAAAAAACUGCUCGACAUAUUAUUACGUUAAACUUUUUUUAUCAACAACUAAAACUUAUAAUGAACCACGUAUUUGACUUUCAAAUAUUUUUGUUUGGUUAACAAAUUAUAUUCAUAUUAAUCGAAAAAUAGUACUCACGCAAAAUUACAUGAUUAUUAUUAUUUCUACUAAAAAUAAUAUAAUAACUAUUCAGUAUGAAAAAAUAUUUAAUGAUAAAUAAUAAUCAUCGCACAUUUGCACUAAUUCAGCUACUUAUUCAGUUGAAUACAAAUAAUUUUAAUAGGUAGGUACAUAAUUAUAUAUUUUGUAAACUAUUUUGUUUUAUUCAAGUUCUUUUAGUUCAGUUCUCCUUUCCAUCAAAAUGUAUCCUGUAUCAAGAUGUCACUAUAGUUACCGAUAAUAUGACUUCAAAAAUAUUCAAUACAUUGUAAUUAGUCAUAAAUAGUUUAAGUAUAGGAUUGACAUAGGUAUUGAAGGAUUAAUUUAUUGUCAAUCCUUAUCAAACUUAAAUUUCUAUAUACAAAGACCUAAGUUUAAAUAUUAAUUAUUCAAGUACGAGCAGUCUUGUAGAUACAUCCUCAAAAUAUAGAAACCCCGUACUUCAUAAUACAAUUAUUCAAUUAUUUAAUAUUUUUUAGAAUUAUUAUUAUUGAAUUAAUAAUAAUUAGAAGCUUAUAUAACUACUAAAUUAUUGGUUAAUAAAAAAACAAAUCAUUAGACAAAUAAAAUGUAUCAUAAUAUUUUUCAUUGUUCAUUGUAAUGAGAUUAAUUUUAUAUUUUGUGUAAAUUAAUAUUAAAAUACUAAAAAUGCUAAUAUUCUUUAAAUUUAUAAUAAUUUUUAAAAGAUUAAUGAUACUGAAUACUUACAUUAUGAAGGGCGACGAUUUUAAAUUGGGAUAUUUCUUAACGGAAACGAUUAAUUAUCUGUAUUAUCGUCUUUAUUAAUUUGUUGUUUAUUUGGAAAAUGAACUAGAUUUGUAUAAAGUACCCAAAUAGUAAAAUAUGAUUUGCAUUUUCAUGUACCGAUUUUCACGGUUGUUCUAGAUACUCGAGGAUUGAAAGACCCGAUACAGGUUGAAAAUUUACAGGAUCAAGCGCACGUCAUGCUCGGUCAACACACUAGAAACCAGCAUCCCGGACAACCUGUCCGUUUUGGUCGACUUUUGUUGAUGUUACCCCUAUUGAAAAACGUACCGGCUGCCAGGAUCGAGGCGAUAUUUUUUCAAAGGACCAUUGGCAAUAUACCGAUGGAAAAAGUCUUGUGCGACAUGUACAAAAAUUAA